ACACUGGUAUUUUGGCUUUGACGCAGGCACUUGCUACUUCACUUGCUAAAACUUAUCUUCCUUUGAAAGUUUUUGUUUUAAGUCACGAUGUUCAGCAAUUUUAAUAUACGGGCGAAGGUGCUGCUACAGCCGUUGGUGCUUUUCCAAAUUAUCGACGCCUACGAGCGUAGACCAAAAGAUGCCAAGCAGGUAAUAGGCACUAUUCUGGGCCGAGGUAAUGGUAUUAAUGGUCAUAUUGAGAUCACCAACUGCUUCACAGUGCUGCACAAGGAACAGCCGGACAUUGGCCACAUAGAUUUGGAUCUUGCGUAUGUUACCGAUAUCCUGGAGCUCAAUAUGCUGACCUAUCCGCAAGAGCGUGUGCUGGGAUGGUUCUCCACUGGGAAAUCGGUGUCGCGUUCCGCAACUCUGCUUUACGAAUAUUAUACCAGGGAAUGCGGCGAGAGGCAGCCAUUGCACCUGCUAGUAGAUGCAACCCUGAAGACCCAGCGACUGCUGCCGCGACUGUACUGCGCUGUUGAGAUAGGUGUGCCUGGCGGCACCAAAGGCCUGAUGUUUUCGAUGCUGCCGCUGGAGAUGACUAGUGGAAAUCCCGAAAUGGUGGCUCUACGAUCGAUGGAGAAGCAAUCGCUGCACUCGGCAACUAAACAAAUGGGACGAAUCCUGCCGGAAUUGGUUCAAGUGGUGGAGGCCACAAAGGAUAUGCAACAGCGCCUGGAAUUGGUGCUGCGCUACAUCAAUGAUGUUUUGGCCAGAAAGAGAAAGCCAGACAACUUGGUUGGUCGGACCCUUCACGACGCCCUCAGCUCAGUUCCGGUAGUGGAUUCCGAGAACUUCCGCCUAAUGUUCAAUGCUCAUUUGCGCGAUAUGCUUAUGGCCAUAACCCUGUCCAUGAUGAUAAAAACUCAGUUGGAGAUCAGUGAGAAGUUGUCCAGCAUGCACGAACAUUAAUUUAACAUCCCAAAGGCAUCCCUGCGCAAAGUUAACCGGCUUAACGGUAAAAAUAAGUAAUUUCAUCUUUAAUCCCAACCAAUUAAUCAAUUUAUUUUCAAUCAAAUUUUACCAUGUACAUCCUGACAUGUGUAUAAGUUCACUUCUUCAUUAAAAAUGAGGGACUCUUUCAAUUUGUUGUUGGUCCGUCCUUUCAAGCCA